AUGGGAAGCAAUAUGACAUUGAUUACGGAGUUCAUCCUCCAGGGAUUUCCACUCAGCCCAAGGAUGCAGAUGCUCCUGUUUGUCCUCUUCUCUCUAUUCUAUGCCUUCACCUUGUUAGGGAAUGGGACCAUCGUGGGGCUUAUCUGCUUGGACUCCAGGCUCCACACUCCCAUGUACUUCUUCCUGUCCCAGCUGGCCAUUGUUGACAUUGCCUAUGCCUGCACCACAGUGCCCCAGAUGCUGGUGAACCUUCUAUAUCCAUCCAUGCCUAUCUCCUUUGCUGGUUGCAUGGCACAGACCUUUCUCUUUUUGACAUUUGCUAUCACAGAAUGCCUCAUCCUGGUGGUGAUGUCCUACGACAGGUAUGUGGCCAUCUGCCACCCACUUCGAUACUCUGCCAUCAUGAGCUGGAGGGUGUGCAGCACCAUGGCAAUGAUUUCCUGGGUUAUUGGGAUUCUCCUGUCCUUGAUUCAUCUGUCAUUACUUCUACCUCUACCCUUCUGUGUGUCUCAGAAAGUAAACCACUUUUUCUGUGAAAUUACAGCUGUUCUCAAGCUUGCCUGUGCAGACACACACCUCAAUGAGACUAUGGUCCUAGCUGGAGCCGUGUCUGUGCUUGUAGGACCAUUCUCCUCAAUUGUGGUAUCUUAUACAUGUAUUCUUGGUGCUAUCAUGAAGAUCCAGUCAGGGGAAGGUCAAAGAAAAGCCUUUUCCACCUGCUCCUCACACCUCUGUGUGGUUGGAUUGUUUUAUGGUACUGCCAUCGUCAUGUACGUUGGACCUAGACAAGGGAGCCCUAAGGAGCAGAAAAAAUAUCUCUUGCUAUUUCACAGCCUUUUUAACCCCAUGCUCAACCCUCUUAUCUAUAGUCUCAGGAAUUCUGAUGUGAAGAAUAGUUUGAAGAGAAUUUUGGGAACGGAGAGAGCUUUGUGA